AUGUUUACGCGCAAUAAGUCUGAGUUUUUGCGUCGGUACAUCACAAUGGAUGAAAUAUGGAUCCACCAAUUCACCCCAGAGUCAAAUCGGCAGUCUGCUGAGUGGCAUGCAGCCGGUGAAAACCGCCCAAAGCAACCAAAGACGCAGCAGUCGGCUGGCAAGAUUAUGGCGUCUGUAUUUUGGGAUGCGAAUAGAAUAAUAUUCAUCGACUAUCUCCAGAAGGGGCAGACCAUCAACAGCGACUAUUAUAUAGCGAUAUUGGAGCGUUUGAAAGACGAAAUCGCAAAGAAACGGCCUCAUAUGGCGAAGAAAAAAAAAAAUGUAUACAAAUACGAAAACGAAUGUGAAUUAGAAAACGAAAAGAAUACGAAUACCAAAAAGAAUGCGAAUACGAAUAGGAAUAAGAUUGUGAGUACUGAUGCGAUUUUCAAUACUAAAACGAAAAUGAGUAUGAAUGCGAACGCGAAUAUAAGCGCGAUUGUGGAUACGUAUACGAAUAUGAAUACUAAUAUGAAUACUAAUAUGAUUACUAAAACGAAUAGAAAUAAGAAUGGGACUAUUAAGACGAAUAAGAAUACGGAUAAGAUUAUGACUCCCAAUGCAGAAAUCAAUACUAAAACGAAAAUGAGUAUGUAUACGAAUGCGAAUACGAAUAGGAAUACGAAUACGAAUACGAAUACGAAUACGAAAUUCGACUGCGAAAGGAAUAGAAAUAUGAAUACUAUUAGAUUGUGGCUACUAAUGCGAAUACUGAAUAAGAACAUGAAUAUAAAUACUAGUCCGAAAUCGACUACUAAUUCGAAUAUACGCAUACAAGUAUAA